AGAGGCGGGAAGGUCCGCGUAGCUGCCUGCGGACGGAGGCGAGUUAACUUCGUUUUGUAAAUGUCAAAUGCUAAAUACAAAAAGCUUUGACAUUGAAGAAAAUGAAGAGAAACCUGAAUGAAAGUUCAUCUCGAAGUACAGCAGGCUGUUUGCCUGUGCCAUUGUUCAAUCAGAAAAAGAGGAACAGACAACCAUUAACUUCUAAUCCACUUCAGAAUGAUCCAGGUAUUGGUACUGUUUCUGACAGUUACGGUUUCCCUUCUUUACCAACAGAUUGGGCGUGGGAAGCUGUGAAUCCAGAGGUGGCGCCUUUAAAGAAAACAGUGAAUACAGGGCAAAUACCAGCUUCUGCUUCUUAUUCCCCGAGAAGUCAAGAUUCUGUGUGUAAAUCUAUUCAAUCAAAUGCUGAAAGAAGCCAAAGUGCCUGGGGCUACAGAGGCAACAACAGAAAUACUAGCUUGAGAACUUGGGAUAGAAAUGAUUUCCGACCUCAGCAUAAAGCUGUAAGCCCUGUGGCAAGCAGUGAAUUUAGUUCUUGUCCAGUGAAUUUGGGAGCUCAACGACAAAAACAGUUCCAAACACCCGAAUUUCCUAUCUUACCUGGACUCAAAGAAGCUGAAGUAUCAAAACUACCUGGCUCUACAUUGAAAGGCCCAGACAGAGCCAGUGCUCUGCAGGCAUUUAAACCAAGUUUGCAGCAAAAUUCAUUUAAGAAAACAGAGUUGGGAGAUGUUCCAAGAGAAAAUUCUCUGAAGGAAGCUACCUUGCAUCAGGUAAAGGAAAAAGAUAAUUCUUUAAGAAUUAUUUCUGCAGUCAUUGAAAGCAUGAAGUAUUGGCGAGCACAAGUGCAGAAAACUGUACUUCUUUUUGAAGUUUUGGCUGUCCUGGAUUCAGCUGUCACACCUGGCCCACAUUAUUCAAAGACUUUUCUCAUGAGAGAUGGGAAAAAUAUUCUUCCAUGUGUUUUUUAUGAAAUUGAUCGUGAACUUCCAAGACUGAUUAGAGGCCGAGUUCACAGGUGUGUUGGACACUACGACCCAGACAAGAACAUUUUCAAGUGUGUUUCAGUCAGACCAGCAUCUGCUUCUGAACAAAAGACUUUCCAAGCAUUUGUUACAAUUGUAGAUGCUGAGAUGAGGACGUAUCAUACCAAAGUAAUGAAUGAAAUGUAAAUGGAGUCAAAGGGAAUUACACUGUAUGAGCAGAAGCAUUUGCUGUUACUACUUUACUACCUUCAUGGUUUUUAUCAGUCUUGUUUUUUGUAUUUCACUUCUCUUUAUAAAAAUAAAACUUUUCUUAUAGAUUUGACCAAAACAGCAUAGCUAGAUUUUUUUUAAUUUUGAAAUUUUAUUGAGCUAUGCUUUAUAGACGGGAUAAAGCACUCAUUUAAAUUGUAUAAUUUAAGUUUUUAGUGUGUUCACCAAGUUAUGCAACCAUUACCAUUAUCCAGAUCCAAAGAAUUUCAUUACUGCCAGAAGAAUGCACAUCCACCAACAGUACUUUCCAUUCUCUUUUGCUUCUCAGAACCACAAUUUUCCUUUGUGUAGCUAUGGAUUAUUUUGUUGUUCUGUGCAUAUCAGAGUAGACCUAAUCUUGAUAAAUGCUAAAUGAUUUUUUUUUUAUUUUCUAAGAAGACAAAUUUCUUGAAAAAAAAAUUUGGGUUUACACAGAAAGGUGUUCAGAGAAAUUUGUAUCAAUGCUGUAUUUUUCUUUCUUUUUUUUUUUUAGAAAGCUGAUAUGUUUUACAAAAUUAAUUUUUCAUUUUCCUUCAAGCAAGUUUAUUAUUAUAUUGGAUGAGGCUUGCAAAGGAGUCAAAAUUGAGUAGGGUCAGUGGUGAAAUUUGCCAGUAGAGGUUAAAUGAUGGACCACAAAGUUUUCUCAUAUAACAAUAUGUAGGGGGAGUCUUUGAAACAAGCUUUUGUGCUGUUAGGAGGAUUUAAUGCACAAGUACCAUAUCUUACUUGAAUUCCUCUCUUAAUAUUCCAUCUUUGAGGCCAUGUCUGUAAGUCCGCGUUAGUAUCUUUCCAUGCUUCAGUAGCCCAGCGUGUAAAAGGAACUCUAAACCUAAGUCAUACUCCACACUUCAUUUGCUGUUCAUCAGUCUUUACUUUAGAAUUACUAUGGUUUGCUGAAUAAGACAGGUGUUAGAAGCAUUCAUAUACCUUAAACAGAGACAUGACCUCAAAGGACCAUGUGAGGUAAGCAGAAUGUGUCCUAUUCUACUUGUGAGAGCCUGGCAUUGAGACAUGCUGGGAUCCACCCAAACCCCUUUAAAGGGAAUACACAUUGAGUUGGAGCUGAGAUGUUCAAAAGGAAAGAGAGCAGGAGGAUUAGUUUUGGUAGCCUACUUAAAUUUAAGUUUUAAGUUUUCUUAAUUCUCCCCACCUUCAGAGAGGCUCUGGUAACCUCAUCAUGCCAUGUAUAAUGUAUACCAUUUUAGUUUUAAAUUGAAAUGAAGUUCCUAGUAAGCAUUGAGCUCUUUUAAAUUAAUAUUUUUAUAAUUUGAGAACUUCAUACACAAAUACACUAUAUUUAUGCCAUUUCUACCCUUCUCUCUCCUCAAAUCCUCUCUCUACCCCCACUCCCUUUUGGAUUUCUGACUUCUACAUUAAUUAUUCUUAUAUAAAACCCACUGAAUCCAUUUAAUGUUACAUGUACAUGUACUUAGGCCUGACCACUUGGAAUCUGACAGCCUAGCAAAGGUUCAUCUUAGGGAUGAGGCCUUGUGGCCUCUCCCCCAUCCCUACUGGCAUGUCAUCUGAACUGGUCAUGAUUCUGGUUUUGUUUAGGUAACCAUACUGUUGAGCUUUUGUGUAUGCAGCAUUCCUGUCAUGACACCAUCUCCUAAACAUCCAGGUUCUCUGGCUCUUACAAUCCUCUUCUUUUCCCCUGUGAUGUUCCCUGAAUUGUAUGUGUAGGGGUUGUGUUGUAAAUAAUUUUACUGUUUUUGCUAAAAUGCUGUAUCUGUUAAAAUUCAAUCACCAGGUAAAAAUGCUCACUGUAACAGUCAGAAAUAGAUACUUAAACUACUUGAUUUUAGCUAAAGUGCUGGAAACACUCCUUGUAGGUAUAGGUGCUUCUUUAACAUGGAUAAUAAUUUGAGGCAGCCCCCAAACCAUCAGACUUUAAGGGACAAUACUGGAGGCACUUCCAUUAUCAGGAGCAAGAUGGCUAUCAGUAGUGUUUCAAGUGUUAUUCUGCAAUUGUUAGUUUAUGCAGGCCAUUUAAUUACUUCACUUUAUUUAGAAAAUAUUUUAAUUUGUUGAGAAUUCAUACAUUGUAUUUUGAUCAUAUUCCUUUCUUUCCUCAGUUCCUCUGAGACCCCCAUGUUCAUAUUUACCCAGCUUGGUGUACUUACCUUUUAAAAACUGGUAGACUCCAAUUAGUGCUGCUCAUGUACUCCUGGAUCGAUUUAAAGAAUUAAACCUAUUGUAUUCC